GGGUCCAGUCUCCGGAGCUCGCCGCCGGCCCGCAGUUGCCGCCGCGGUCGGAAGAGUGAGUACCCCGAACGCAGAGCCGGCGCCGGCCAUGAGGGAAAUCGUGCACAUCCAGGCGGGCCAGUGCGGGAACCAGAUAGGCACCAAGUUUUGGGAAGUGAUCAGCGAUGAACAUGGUAUCGAUCCUGCCGGAGGUUACGUGGGUGACUCGGCUCUGCAACUGGAGAGAAUCAACGUCUACUACAAUGAGUCAUCGUCUCAGAAAUACGUGCCCAGGGCUGCUCUGGUGGACCUGGAGCCAGGCACCAUGGACAGUGUGCGUUCUGGGCCUUUUGGGCAGCUCUUCCGGCCUGACAACUUCAUCUUUGGACAAACCGGUGCAGGGAACAACUGGGCGAAGGGGCACUACACAGAAGGAGCAGAGCUGGUGGAUUCAGUGCUUGACGUAGUGAGGAAAGAGUGUGAGCACUGUGACUGCCUGCAGGGCUUCCAGCUGACCCACUCCCUGGGGGGAGGAACAGGGUCGGGCAUGGGCACGCUGCUUAUCAGCAAAAUCCGAGAGGAGUAUCCCGACAGGAUCAUGAAUACCUUCAGCGUGAUGCCCUCCCCCAAGGUCUCAGACACUGUGGUGGAGCCCUAUAACGCCACCCUGUCAGUCCACCAGCUGGUGGAGAACACAGAUGAGACCUACUGCAUCGACAAUGAGGCCCUGUAUGACAUCUGCUUCCGCACCCUGAAGCUCACCACGCCAACUUAUGGGGACCUCAAUCACCUAGUGUCGGCCACCAUGAGCGGAGUCACCACCUCACUACGCUUCCCGGGCCAACUCAAUGCUGACCUCCGCAAGCUUGCAGUGAACAUGGUCCCUUUCCCCCGUCUCCACUUCUUCAUGCCUGGCUUUGCCCCCUUGACUGCCAGAGGCAGUCAGCAGUACCGGGCCCUCACAGUGCCAGAACUGACUCAGCAGAUGUUUGAUGCUAAGAACAUGAUGGCAGCCUGUGAUCCAAGACAUGGGCGCUACCUGACCGUGGCCACUGUCUUCCGGGGUCCUAUGUCCAUGAAAGAGGUGGACGAGCAGAUGCUGGCCAUCCAGAACAAGAACAGCAGCUACUUUGUAGAGUGGAUCCCCAACAAUGUCAAGGUGGCUGUGUGUGACAUCCCUCCUCGGGGCCUCAAGAUGGCCUCCACCUUCAUUGGCAACAGCACGGCCAUCCAGGAACUGUUGAAGCGCAUCUCGGAGCAGUUUUCUGCCAUGUUUCGCCGGAAAGCCUUCCUACACUGGUUUACGGGAGAGGGCAUGGAUGAGAUGGAGUUCACAGAAGCGGAGAGCAACAUGAACGACCUGGUGUCAGAGUACCAGCAGUAUCAAGAAGCUACGGCCAAUGAUGGCGAAGAAGCUUUUGAAGACGAUGAAGAGGAGAUCAACGAAUAAUGUCCCUGUCUCAGAUACAGUUAAGAUGUUCUUUAACUGGUGUGUCAACUCUAAUGGCCACCGAAUGGUGCACUUGUCUAAAUAUAUGGGUGCAGGCCCCUCUCAAAUGCAAUCAAAUUGUACUCUCAGUCAUCUGGAAUAAAGAAAGUACAUUGAAAUAGCAGAGAAUCGCCAGUCCUACCCAAUCAGAUCAGAUGAGAGAGAUUUUCUACUGGAGGACUUGAAAGAACUAAUAGGCCAUCAAAAAUAAAUAAACCUCACCUUCUGUUAAGUGUUCAGUCAUGUCUGAGAAUUAGCGGGGAAGUUAGAAACUGUUCUUUCAUUAUUUGUGAUGAAACCUGAAGCUGUGCAGUGUUACCUGAUAUUCAAAAUGCAAUACUGAACUUUGAAACAAUUUAUUCAUAAUAAAACACUUUGUCUCUUCCAGCCUCUACUUA